GGAGCGGGGCUGGGCGGCCUGAGGUGAGAGCCCGGCCGGCCCCGCUGGGAAUAUGGCGACCGGUGGCUACCGGACCAGCAGCGGCAGCACCACAGACUUCCUGGAGGAGUGGAAGGCGAAGCGCGAGAAGAUGCGCGCCAAGCAGAACCCCCCGGGCCCGGCUGCUCCGAGCGGGGGCGGCAGUGACGCGACCGGGAAGCCCGCGGCGGGGGCUCCGGGCACCUCGGCCGCAGCCGCAGCCAACGAGCUCAACAACAACCUCCCCGGCGGCGCGGCCGCACCUGCCGCCCCCGGCUCUGGGGGCGUGAACUGCGCGGUGGGCCCCGCGGCGCUGCCCCGGUCCACCCCCGGCUCCCGGCGGCCGGACGACGAGCCGCCCCCCACGGCCACCGCCGCGGUCUCCGCCUCAGGGGCACCGCCGGCCCGGGGCGACGAGGAGGAGCGGGACGGCGCCCCGGAGAAAGGCAAGAGCUCGGGCCCCAGUGCCAGGAAAGGCAAGGGGCAGAUCGAGAAGAGAAAGCUGCGGGAGAAGCGUCGCUCCACCGGCGUGGUCAACAUCCCCGCGGCAGAGUGCUUAGAUGAAUAUGAAGAUGAUGAAGCAGGCCAGAAAGAGCGGAAACGUGAGGAUGCAAUUACACAACAGAACACGAUGCAGAAUGAAGCUGUCAGCUUAUUAGAUCCAGGCAGUUCCUACCUGCUACAAGACCCAUCUAGAACAGUUUCAGGCAGAUAUAAAAGCACAACUGCCUCUGAAGAAGAUGUUUCAAGUAGAUAUCCCCGAACAGAUAGAAGUGGGUUCAGCAGAUAUAACAGGGAUGCAAAUGCUUCAGGUAAUUUGGUCUCAAGUAGCAUGUUGGAAAAGAAAAUUGAAGAUCUUGAAAAGGAAGUAGUAAGAGAAAGGCAAGAAAACUUAAGACUUGUGAGACUAAUGCAAGAUAAAGAGGAAAUGAUCGGAAAACUCAAAGAAGAAAUUGAUUUGUUAAAUCGAGACCUAGAUGACAUAGAAGAUGAAAAUGAACAACUAAAGCAGGAAAAUAAAACUCUUUUGAAAGUUGUUGGUCAGCUAACAAGGUAGAAGAUUCAAGACCCAGUGUGGAAAAACAUUUUAAAACUACUGAUUGAAUGUUAUGGUUAAUGCUAGGAUAAUAUUCCUAUGCUGCAGUACAUUAAGUAUGUGUAUUUAUUUCGAGAAAACAGUGGGUGUUUAUUUUCAAAAUACUUCUUUUUCAUUAUUUCAAAACAGUAUCAACCUUCUGUUUCACCAAUAAGUAACAUCUUUCAGUUAUUAAAAUGAUCGGUUAUGCCUCUUUUGGUUUUGUGUGGUAUUCAAAUAAUAUAUGGUUUAAAGUCACAACCAUUUGAAUAUAUUUUAUCUAUGGUAGUGUGUUUUCUCCCUAAAGGAAUAUACAUAGUCUUUGUUUACAUGGAUUCAAAUACUUUUGGGGAAUUACCUGCAAUUGCCUUAUUACUGAUGUGUGCAAACUUAUGUGUUGUUGAUUUACUCAUAUAGGCUUUGUCUAUUGUCAUUUGUUCUUUCAACUUAUUCUAAGCAGCUUAGAGUAAUAGAGUGUCAUACCAUUUUGUACUAACAGUCACCUUUAAAAAGGAAAGCUAUUAUGAAAAGUCAUUUAAUAUCAUGUACCAGUUGGCUAAAUAUAAAAAAUUUUAGAGAAUACUUGAAUUGUGCUACAGUAAAUUAAAAUAUACAAUUUUUAUGUUUGAAAAUCGAAAAAAAUUUAAAAUCACUUUAGCUUCUGAAAAACAUAAACUUGUAAUUUCAUUGUAAAAUUUCUUAUGUAGGUACUAUGUUUUUUAUUAUUCCAAGGUUUAUAAAUGAACAUGGAAUAUUUAAAAAGUUGUUAACUCAUCAUUCCAGGAGAGUGUGUACAAUUUCAAUAUAAAAGAAAAAAAUUUAUAUUUUUAAUUAUCAUUUGCAUUAAAAACAAAACCAAAAUAUUUAUCCACACUUUAAACAUUUAUACUUACAUUUACAAAAACAAUACAUAAACAGAAAUAGUAUCAAAAUACUUUGCUUAUUUCUAACUUGGAGAAUAAUACUGUGAUACAGUUAUUCUCAUUUGAGAGAAUUAUUCCCCUACCUCAAAUUUAAGGGAUUUUCUUCCUAACAUUGGAUUUUUAAAAACA